GAUGUUUGUGUUUGUACACCUCAGAAGCACAGUUCAUGACAGCAGACAGACUGUUAAAAGCUAGAGAAGACGAGCAGUCCUGAUUAUUUUUGAGCGACCAGUUGAGAAAACUUUUCAAAAGAAUUUUUUAAAUUAAUGAGGACCAUUUUGGGCGGAUUCAUGAGACUUACUACUUCACAAGUGUCCCUUGAAACUUUGUCAAGACUUCUCCCUGUGGAGAGCUGACCGCAUCCCUCCUCAAGGACGAACGAGAGAACAGCUGCUUCAAGAUGAGGUGUCAAAGAGUCCUCACCUACCUGCGGAUAUUUGGGACCACCAUGUUCGGUGUGUCCCUGCUGGUAGGCAUCUCCACAGCCUACAUCAUGGGCUACCAGUUCUUCACCACUGCCCGCAAUCACCUAUCCUUUGGCCUAUAUGGAGCCAUAUUGGUUGUCCACUUAAUUAUCCAGAGCCUCUUUGCUCUCCUAGAACACAGAAACAUGCGGCGCUCCUUAGAGACGCCAAUCAAACUGAAUAAAUCAUUGGCGUUGUGCAUCGCAGCGUACCAAGAGGAUCCAAACUACCUGAGGAAAUGCCUGGUGUCGGUGAAGAGGCUGACGUACCCGGGGAUCAAAGUGAUCAUGGUGAUCGAUGGGAACUCAGCUGAUGACAUGUACAUGAUGGAGAUUUUUAAAGAGGUGAUGGGAUGGGAAAAAUCAGCCACCUAUGUGUGGCGGAGCAACUAUCACAACAGAGGGCCUGAGGAGACGGACGAGAGCUACGCUGAGAGCCUUCAGCAAGUCUCCAGGCUGGUGCUGAACAGCAAGUGUGUGUGCAUCAUGCAGAAGUGGGGAGGGAAGAGAGAAGUCAUGUAUACAGCCUUCAAAGCACUGGGGAGGAGCGUCGACUACGUGCAGGUGUGUGACUCUGACACCAUGCUGGACCCAGCAUCAUCGGUGGAGAUGGUGAAGGUUUUAGAAGAAGACCCAAUGGUGGGAGGUGUUGGAGGAGAUGUACAGAUCCUAAACAAAUAUGAGUCAUGGAUUUCCUUCCUGAGCAGUGUACGGUACUGGAUGGCCUUCAACAUUGAACGGGCCUGCCAGUCCUACUUUGGCUGUGUGCAGUGCAUCAGCGGGCCUUUAGGAAUGUACCGAAACUCCCUCCUGCAUGAGUUCGUUGAGGACUGGUACAAUCAGACUUUCAUGGGAUCCCACUGCAGUUUUGGGGAUGACCGUCAUCUCACGAACAGAGUUCUCAGCCUCGGGUAUGCUACCAAAUACACUGCACGAUCAAAGUGCCUAACUGAGACACCGAUUACAUACUUGCGGUGGCUCAAUCAACAGACUCGAUGGAGCAAAUCGUAUUUCAGAGAAUGGCUAUAUAACUCCAUGUGGUUCCACAAGCAUCAUCUAUGGAUGACUUAUGAGGCUGUGAUCACAGGCUUCUUCCCAUUUUUCCUUAUCGCCACUGCGAUCCAACUCUUCUACCAAGGAAGGCUGUGGAAUAUUCUGUUAUUCCUACUAAUUGUGCAGGCAGUGGCUCUGAUAAAGUCGUCAUUUGCCAGCUGCCUCAGAGGUAACAUUGUCAUGGUGUUCAUGUCGUUCUAUUCUGUACUGUACAUGUCAAGCCUGUUGCCAGCCAAAAUGUUUGCAAUAGCAACAAUCAACAAGUCUGGAUGGGGGACCUCUGGGAGGAAAACAAUAGUGGUGAACUUCAUUGGUCUGAUUCCUAUAUCAGUUUGGUUCACCAUCCUCUUCAUUGGGAUUAUCUACACAGUAAUCCUGCAGACUAGAAAACCUUUUCCUGAAUCGGAAAAGAUUGUUCUGAUCAUAGGGGCAGUCGUCUAUGCCAGUUACUGGGUCAUUCUGUUGACUUUGUAUGCAGUACUCAUAAAUAAGUGUGGGAAGAGGAAGAAGGAAACACACUAUGAUAUGGUGCUGGAUGUAUGACUGACAGUCAUCGUUUACCACUGAACUCUCUUUUUGGGUUGUUUUCACUCACACAGUGUUGUUGCUAUGAAAAUGUUUUUCAGAUGCAGAACAGCUCUGGAGGCAAAAUUGUUUUGAGUUCAACCAAAAUGGGCAAAGAACCAGAGUUUAUUCAAACUUGAAGGGCACAAAUGCAAAUGGCAGUGGCUGCUUUCCUUGUUCAUUCAUGACCAUCCUAUUCAUGACCUUCCAUCCUAGUUAAUUAGCUAAUUACCUAAAUUACCGAUAUGUUUAGAUGAAUAUCAGCUAGUGUAGGCUAACUAGCUAACCUAUAUAACUCAGAAUGGCAAGAUUACAUAUAUUACAGUUGGCAGCAAGAGCUCUAUAGGCUUUCUAAUAUUAGCUACCUCUUACUCUUGUCAUUUUCACUGGGCUUCAGUAUAACAUUACCAACUUAGCUAAAGAAACUGCAGAUUUUUGGCUCCACCCAUUGGGGUUUACCUUGACCUAUAAGAAUAUUUUACCUCCAGAGCAUCAUUGUGUCACCAAGAAAUGUCUGUACACCCUGACUAUAAACCAGUCUAUAUGCCCCUGUCAAAUGGAAGACCGAAAGACCGCAAGUAUAUUUCUGUUUCUACAACAUUGAAGAUUACAUUCCUGAGUGUAAAAGGUGUUGAGAGAUGUUCUGGGGCAUCACUGUCUAAUUAGUGUAAUUGUAAUCUGCAAGUAUCUGGAUGGUCUGUGUGGAUCUUAUAAGCAAGUGAGCUUAGCCACCUUACCAUUAAAAACCGACUCAAAAAUCCACAAGAAGUUAAACUAUAUCCGUUGAAUGAUAAUGUUCAGGUGUUACUUCUGAGGUAAAUGCAUUGAUGUACAUUUCCAGUGUUUCACAAUCUCUUUUAGGAAAUACAGUGUCAUUUUACAAAGAGUGAAAAUUUACAGAAGGGGCUUUAAAGUGGAGAGCUGCUCUCUUUCUUUCAUUGCACUCAUGUCAUAUGGGAAAGAUACAAACUUCCUCGCAGUCUUUGCGCAUUGUAAAUGUAUUUAUAAGGCAUCUAUAUCAAUAAAGGCGUUUUUGUAUUAUUUAAGUCAGUACAGAAUUGCAACUUCCAAACUUGCAAUUUCCAUGCUAGUGCAGUCAUUUGAUGUUAUCGGUUACGCCUAUUGAUGAGUUUAAAAUGAGUCACAAUCCAUCACUCACUAUGGUGCAUAUAUCGGAAUGUGAAAAGGUGCAAGAUAUACAGAAAUAUCCAGUAGUGGUAUUAAAAGGCUACAAAUCUGCCAUGUCUGAAUGCGUGGAUACUUCCAAGUCUUGUCCUUGGACAAUCAGUCAUUAUUCCCAUAUGACGUGAAUGUUGUAUUUUUCUCAACGUUUACAAAGUGAAGAAUCUCAAACUGUUCGCCGAUUGGUAGAUAUAAUCUCCACCAGAUCAGGUGAAAACAUGUGACCAGAAGAAAGACGAUGUAUCAUUGCUGCUGUGACUGUUUUAUUUUUACGGAAACAAUGACUUUUUAAAAAGAAAUAUGAAUGAUGGGUGUAUUUUGCAAAAUGGUUUUUACACUAUUAUUGUUCUUUCUACCAAGUUGAAUGAUAACCACCAAGUAGACACAGAGGACAUGUUCCAGUCCAAAGAUGCUUGAAUGACCUGCAAGUUAAGAAGUAAAUGUGAGAAGAAAACAUGAGUGUACCUAAUGUGGGAAGAGUACUACCUGAUAGGGGGAAUGUGAAUGGGGGCACUUGAUGGAAGGCAACAGUAUUUUGGAAUGAAACAAGUCCAGUGUUUGCUAUAGACCAGGAGCAGACAUGAGUUUAAUUCUUAUGCACUUUUAUGACUCUCCUGUCAUCCAGUGUGAUGCUUGACGUAAUCAAGAUGAAAUACCUCAGUGGUUCUCUUUGCAUUGCAUCAAGGCGUCAGAAUGCUGUCCAAAGACUGAUGCAUUCUGAAGGUCUCAAGUAAUUUAUGAUCUGUUUGUGAUAUUAAAUAUAAAGGUGUCCUUUUUUUUUGUACACGGUUCCUUAUAAAGUCAAAGCUGGAUCUCUCUGCCUUGUCGGCCCUUUGUUUUAGCCGUUUACUCAUUGUUACCUUGUAUGUCAAUGCAUUUUUAUAUAGACAUUUUUUUAUUCUAUUUUUGCUUAGCUGCCAAAGAUUCUUUAUUUUCAUUCAUGUUUUUGUAAGAAAAUGGAAAAAAUUGUAUUUGUUGUGCUUUCAACUGUUCUGACAAUGACUUGUAUAUCUGACCAAACAAUGUGAAAUUAUGAGCUGGGGGUUUUGUCUGCAAUAACAACAAUAAAAAUGCAAUUUGUAGGGAUAAGUUAUUGAUUUCAAAAGAUAUGAUGAACCUGUGUUUUUGUACUUUGUACUUAGAUAGAAAACCAGCAUAUUUAUGUAAGAACAUUCUGUGGUUUGUAGGAGUCUGUAUGUAGUAAUAUGUCCUCUGAUAUACAUGAUGACCCUAAAUUUCCAUAUGUCUACACUGCAAAAAUGAGAACCUAAUUGCUAAACUUUUUUUAAUUGCUUUUUUUUUUUUUUGCAGUGUUGAAACUAUAUGGAGUCAUGCCUCCUAUGUUGAGUUCUUAUACAAUAAACAAUAAAGCCAAAGCAGACUGAAAACUUUCAUCCAAAAACAUUUGCACAAAAUCUACAAAUUAUGUAUGUUUUAAAGUUGUGAGGUUCCUUAUUAAGAAAUAACCUCUUGUUAAAACUAUACAGUUUUAACAAGAGGUUCUGUUUCAAGGUUUUAAUGAAUGAGACCAACAGUUGAACCAAGGGGUUGU